ACACACACAUUCACAUUCACUCACACUGGGCCCAGCCAGGGUGAGACACACACACACUUAAACACUGAGUGUGUGUGUGCAGGUGCGGGACCUGUUCGUGAUGGCCAGGAAGAACGCGCCCUGCAUCCUCUUCAUCGACGAGAUUGACGCCGUCGGGCGGAAACGAGGAAGAGGAAGCUUUGGAGGACAGAGUGAGCAGGAAAACACUCUCAACCAGCUGCUGGUGGAGAUGGACGGGUUCAACACCUCCACUAACGUGGUCGUUCUAGCCGGUACGAACAGGCCGGACAUCCUGGACCCGGCACUGAUGAGGCCCGGCCGCUUCGACCGGCAGAUCUACAUCGGUCAUCCCGACAUUAAAGGCCGGGCGUCGAUCUUUAAGGUCCACCUGCGUCCACUGAAGCUGCAGCUGGACCUGGACCGAGAGGCGCUGGCUAGAAAGAUGGCCGCCCUCACACCUGGCUUCUCAGGCGCAGACAUCGCUAACGUGUGCAACGAGGCGGCGCUGAUCGCUGCUCGCCACCUGGCGGAUGCCAUCAACGAGAAGCACUUUGAGCAGGCGAUCGAGAGAGUGAUCGGGGGUCUGGAGAAGAAGACCCAGGUGCUGCAGCCGGAGGAGAAGAAGACAGUGGCCUAUCACGAGGCGGGACACGCUGUCGCCGGGUGGUUCCUGGAGCACGCCGACCCUCUCAUCAAGGUGUCCAUCAUCCCUCGGGGGAGGGGCCUGGGCUAUGCUCAGUACCUGCCCAGAGAGCAGUACCUGUACACCGCGGAGCAGCUGAUGGACAGGAUGUGCAUGUCCCUGGGAGGAAGAGUCGCUGAGGAGCUCUUCUUCAAACGCAUCACAACGGGAGCUCAGGACGACCUGAGGAAGGUCACUCAGAGCGCCUACGCUCAGAUUGUGCAGUUUGGGAUGAACUCUAAGGUGGGCCAGGUGUCCUUCGACCUCCCGCGGCAGGGAGAGAUGGUUCUGGAGAAGCCGUACAGCGAGGCCACGGCGCGGCUGAUCGACAGCGAGGUGCGCGCUCUGAUCAGCACGGCCCACCUGAGGACCCUCAGCCUGCUGGAGGGGAGGCGGGGGGAGGUGGAGAAGGUGGCGCUGAUGCUGCUGGAGAAGGAGGUUAUAGAUAAGAGCGACAUGGUGGAGCUGCUGGGGAAACGGCCGUUCUCCGAGAAGUCGACGUACGAGGAAUUUGUGGAGGGGACAGGGGGGGAGGAGGAGGACACCUCGCUGCCCCCAGGCCUGAAGGACUGGAACCGGGAGAGGGGAGGCGAGGAGGAGAGCCCCGAGGACCAGGUGGCCCGCAAGAUCUCAGGGGGGAUGCCCUUCUGAGGACAGGAAGUGGAGGAGAGCAGCUUCCUGUCUGAGUCUCACACACAGAGGGAUGCCCUUCUGAAGACAGGGAGACAGACAGGAGACAGGAAGACACAGAGAGACUCAGACAGGAAGCUGCUGUGCUCCACUUCCUGUCAGAGAGACUCAUGUGAAUAUGUGAAACGCUGAGUGAGAGACAUGAAUAAAGCUGAGAACCACAGACUCUGAGGAACCUGUUCAUACUGGAUCUCAUUUCAAACCAACCAAUCGCAGUCCUUCAUUCAGCUGCCUAUGUUCUUAAAGAGGCCCUACUCGCUUCCCUGUAGUUCUAUUGGUUUUUCCGUAGUGACAUCACUAUGGAACACUUGAGCUCCUAUUGGCUAGCGCUCCAACACAUUGUGCGGGAUAGGCUAAUAAGGGGAGGGACAUCUCUCAGUGGUUGACCAAUCACAACAGAGCUGCAGUUCACUGUGUGUCUCUAUGGUGGUACAGAGACACAGUGAUGUUAACGUGUAAUCAAUGAAUACCGUGUGUAUGUGUGUGAUCAAUAAUCAGUGAUUAAAAACUUUAUUUAAAA